GUAUAAAUUCAUUCUUUCUUAUCAUAUUAAUAAAUUCUUUAAUAAACUCUUCGAUUGCUAUUAAUCCAAAUACAAUGACGGCACCUUCAUGUUCAGCUCAUCAUUCAUCAACGCCGGAAGGCGGUGUGAUUUACUUGGGUGGACAUAAGGAUGGAUUGACCUCUGAUCCGCAUACUCUAAUGGUGAGCAAAUCCGCAAUGGUAAAUGAUGAGGUAUUUACGAUACAUUUGGAUAGCCAAAUAACUACUGGAUUUGAAUGGAUGUGCCUUGAUGUAUAUCCAAAGGGUUCAUAUCCUAUCAAGAGUGGAAAUUAUCAUGAUGCUCUAAGAGAUGUUUUAACCAAGGAACACAAGGAAAACCGAUCAGAGAAUGGAUGCAAAAACCAUCACAUAAGUGUUAGCAAGUUCCAUACCCUUAAAGGCUCUGCUAGCUCGGGUAUUCUCGUAUCUGGCGCCCCUGAGCGUUCCGCCGCUACACUCGUAAUCGAGAAGGACGUUCCCCUCGGUUCUUACGUUAUUCUUUUGGGCUACGGUUCCACAUUCAGAAACACCGAUUUCCCAUCAUUCAAGGAAAUACACAUUACUGUAGUAGAAUAGAAAUAAUAUAUUUUCGUCU